AUGUUGCAGGAAGUGACCUCGGAGGAGGUAAACCCCGAGGAAGUGACCUCGGAGGAGCUAAACCCCGAAGAAAGUGACCUCGGAGGAGCUAAACUCCGAGGAAGUGACCUCGGAGGAGCUAAAUCCCGAGGAAGUGUUUUUGGAGCAAGUGACCUCGGAGGAGCUGAGGAAGUGACCUUUGAGGAAGUGUUCUUGGAGGAAGUGACCUCGGAGGAGCUAAACCCCGAGGAAGUGUUCUUGGAGGAAGUGACCUCGGAGGAGUUAAACCCCGAGGAAGUGAUGAAGAAGCUCGGAGGAGCUAAACCCCGAGGAAGUGACCUCGGAGGAGCUAAACCCCGAGGAAGUGUUUUUGGAGGAAGUGACCUCGGAGGAGGAGGAAGUGACCUCGAGGAGCUGACCCCGAGGAAGUGUUCUUGGGGAAGUGACCUCGGAGGAGCUAAACCCGAGGAAGAGGAAGUGACCUCGGAGGCGCUAAACCCCGAGGAAGUGACCUCGGAGGAGCUAAACCCCGAAGGAAGUGACCUCGGAGGAGCUAAACCCCGAGGAAUUGACCUCGGAGGAGCUAAACUCCGAGGAGGCUCGGAGGAGCUAAAACCCGAGGAAGUGUUUUUGGAUGGCCUCGGAGGAGCCAAACCCCGAGGAAGUAUUCCUGGGGGAAGUGACCUAGGAGGAGCUAAACCCCGAGGAAGUGAUCUUGGAGGAAGUGACCUCGAAGGAAGUAAACCCCGAGGAAGUGAUCUUGGAAGAAGUGACCUUGGAGGAGCUAAACCCCGAGAAAGUGAUCUAUAG